UUAGCUGUCACAAUACGAUACAUGGAUAAUCGAUCAUUCGUGUUGCUACCUUCAGUCUGCAAGAGGCAAGAUGGCAGUCUGGAGUAACUUUCUGCGUUCUACGAGCCAAAAACUCAGUAGGCUUCCUAUAUUAUUGUCAAAAGAACCUUCUAUAAAUAAUCAAAUAAGAUGUAUGUCACAUGACCAAGUAAUGAUGAUAAAAAAUAGUAGAUGGCAAUGGUCAAGAUGUAAAGAUCUGGUACAUUUUUAUGUUAUGUUGGGUGUAAUACCAUUAUCAAUCCUUACGUUUUGCGUAAAUGUUUUUGUGGGUCCAGCAACACUUGAACCUAUUCCAGAAGGAUAUACACCAAAGCCUUGGGAAUAUUAUAAACACCCGAUAACUAGAUUUCUUGUUCGUUAUGUAUAUACGCCGCAUCAGCAAGAUUAUGAAAAAUAUUUAAAUGCUGUGUAUUUAGAACAAGAACUUAGAAAAAUAAGACAGCUUCAAAGACGUAUUGAAGAAUUGAUCGAACAACGAAACGAUUAUAAAUACUUCUAUUACACGCCAUCAACUGCCAAAUAUGUUCAUCGGGCGAAGUAUGACAUAGAACAAGAAGAUACUUUCAGGACUUACUCAAAAUAAUUGAUUAAUAAAGAAAUGAGAAGUCUUUAUGAUCUUGAUACAUGAAGUACUUGCCCAGGUGGAUUGAAAAAGAAAAAUAGCAAU